UCUAUUACAAUCGGUUAUCGAGUCCGGCGCAGCACUUCGAAAGAAGAGUGACACUCUGCCAUUUUGUCAACGCUCCCAGUGGCAUCCACAACGUUCCGUAACUCAUAAUACGUUAAAAUGUCGGGAGGAUUAGAUAUAUUAUCUCUCAAAGAGGAUGACAUUACUAAAAUGUUGGUGGCUACCACCCAUUUGGGUUCUGAAAACGUCAACUUCCAAAUGGAACAGUACGUUUAUAAGCGCCGUUCUGAUGGUGUAAACAUCAUAAACCUUGGCAAGACCUGGGAAAAAUUGAUGUUGGCUGCCCGUGCCAUCGCCGCUAUUGAGUACCCACAAGACGUCUUCGUCAUUUCGUCGCGUCCAAUCGGUCAACGUGCUGUACUUAAAUUCGCCAAAUACACCGAUACAACACCCAUUGCUGGCCGUUUCACACCUGGUGCAUUCACCAAUCAAAUUCAACCAGCUUUCCGUGAACCACGUCUAUUGGUUGUAACUGAUCCAAAUACCGAUCAUCAACCCAUCAUGGAAGCUUCUUAUGUCAACAUCCCCGUUAUUGCUUUCUGCAAUACUGAUUCACCUUUGCGUUACAUCGAUAUUGCCAUUCCAUGCAAUAACAAAUCUCCUCAUUCCAUUGGUUUGAUGUGGUGGUUGUUGUCUCGUGAAGUGCUCCGUCUACGCGGAACCAUCUCGCGCGUCAGUGAAUGGCCCGUGGUUGUCGAUUUGUUCUUCUACCGCGAUCCCGAGGAGGCUGAAAAGGAAGAAGCUGCUGCCAAGGAAUUGCUGCCCCCACCUAAAGUGGAAGAACCUGAGGUUGUUGUUGAGGAAGCUACCAACUGGGCCGAUGAAGUUGCUGCUGAAACUGUUGCCGGUGCCGAAGAUUGGAAUGAAGAUGCUGUUAAGACCUCAUGGGGUGGAGAUGGCAAUUUCUAAGCGCUUGUAUACGCUAUCUAUAGAGUAUUUUCUGUUAUGUUAAUACUCUAGGCGGUGGCCAAAUGACCGAAAUAAAGUAAUUUUUAUUGGUACGAAAA